AUGGUCGAGCAGCCUACCUCUGAUUGGCAGGUGGAGCAGACAGGCCACAUCGUGUUUGGUGAUCGUCAACUCCCCAACAGGAAGGUGGAAAGAAGACGUCUCAUUGUGCCACCGCUCGACAAAAGCGUCUUGCAUUUCGUGGCUGAUGGUAUGGAAAUUCCGCUUCAGAUUUGUCAAAAAAAAAACGAGACAACUGUAGAUACCACCGAUGUUUUCACUACUUCACAAAGAUUUGUCACACUGGAAGAGGUUAUUCGAUGGGUUAAAGAGACUGGAAUCAACAAUAGAGUGACCGUUAUCAUCGCCCGUUCAGACACCGAAACAGAUAGAUUAGAAGGUCAUUCUUUUGUUGGUAGGUUGACAACAGAUGAGAAGCAGCAUGUUGCUGAUUUGACAAAGAGACAUGUUCCGCUUAGACACAUAUUGAUUUCCUUACAAGAGCGAGAUCCUGAAAAUUUCACUCGGAUCACCCAAAUAUACAAGCAUAAGAGUGUGAUAGAAGCAGAGAUAAGAGGUCCAAAAAGUGACAUACAACAUUUGCUUAAGCUUAUAAAGGAGGCGAACUAUGUUUAUUGGAGUAGGAAAAGGGAUGAUUCGGAAGUUGUGAGAGAUAUUUUUUGGGCUCAUCCAGAUUCAGUAAAGUUGCUGAAUCUUUUUCCAACUGUCUUGAUUAUGGACGCCACAUAUAAGACCAACAAAUAUAGACAACCUAUUUUUGAAAUAGUUGGCAUGACAUCGACCGAGUUGAAAUUUGCGGUUGCAUUUGCUUAUAUGGAGUGUGAGCAGACAUAG